UGGAGAAAGAAUCCAACUCGCCAUUGCUGAACCGGAAUAAAAGAUAAGCCCAGCGCCUCUUCAUUUACGCACGCCCAGACGACGACCAAAGGAAGGGGAAAGAGGAGGAGAGCGACAACAGCACCUCGAGCAAAUUGAAGCAGGUUUUGUGUUGAUUCGGAGUGGAGAUUUGAGGCCUGCGGCGACGAUGGCACCUGCGAAAUCCGGGGAGAAGGCGACCAGCUUCGCCAUGGCCUGCAGCCUGCUCAGCCGCUACGUCAGGCAGAACGGCGCCGCCGCCGGCGAUCUCGGCCUCGCCAUCAGAGCUGAAGCCGAUGGAAAGAGGGCGUCGGCAGACACGGAAAAGGGGGACACGACGAAGGAGACCAUGGAUCUAUUCCCUCAGAACGCUGGGUUCGGCUCGGAGGCUGCCAUGAAGGAAGCCCCUGAUGUGAGGGAGCCAGAGAAGCGCCAGCUGACUAUCUUCUAUGGCGGGAAGGUCCUUGUGUUCAAUGACUUCCCUGCUGAGAAAGCAAAAGACCUGAUGCAAAUGGCCAGCAAGGGUUCGUCUGUAGCUCAGAACCCUGGCAUGCUGCCUUCCCCCACAGUUGCAACAGUUACUGACAGCACCAAGAUCACAGCAGUGCCAGCCGCACCAAUUGCUGUGGUCAAUGCCCAAAAGAGUCCAGCAGAUAUACCCCAGGCUCCCAAGGCAUCUCUUCGCCGGUUCCUUGAGAAGAGAAAGGAUCGCCUUACCGCGAAAGCACCAUACCAAGGUUCCCCUUCAGAUGCUACACCUGUGAAGAAGGAGAUGGCGGAGGGUCAGCCAUGGCUUGGGCUGGGACCUCAGAUCGCCAAUCCUGAUCUGAGCUUGUGCAAGGAGGGGAGCCAAUGAUCGACAAUCCAGCAUCACCAUCUUCAAAACUGCGAUACUCCUGUACCAGAGUAAAGGAUCAUAGAGAGACUCAACAGUCAUGUGUCAAAGUGUUCUGUUUUGGGCCUAUUGUUCCGUGUGUUUUUCGCGUGGAUACGUAGGUUGUACGAAUGUAAAGGACGUAGCUAAAGAUGGACUUGACUAAGGAUUACCGGUGCUGGGGCAGGUUUGCUGGCUGAUCAGCGUGUGGUGGCCUGACCCAAAUGGCCAUGUUAGAAAGAUGAAACUGUAAUGUAGUUGCUAGAACAAGUUCAUAUUUUGGGAUGUUCUGUGUUGUUUGGCUUUGGCACUGGUGUGUGUCACAAAGCUAUUUAUUGUAACAGAUACAUCCCGUAUGAUUGUUUUAUUUUUAUUUUCAUGUUAUACUCUUAAUCUUCUGGUUGUCUCUGUAAGUCUGUACGGUCAAUGUCCCUGGACUAUAAAAAUGCUGAUCUCCAAAGUUAUAAUUUA